AUGAGCAUCUACAGUUUCCUCGUCGCAGUCCGCUCUGAUGGCCAACAACUCAUGUCCGACACCGGCGAGACGACUUCACAUCUCAUGGGCAUGUUCUACCGGACCUUGAGAAUAGUCGACAAUGGCAUUAAACCCCUCUACGUCUUCGAUGGUGCACCCCCCAAGCUCAAGUCCGGCGAGCUAGCAAAACGCUUCGCGCGAAAGAACGAAGCUUCGGAGCAGCAUGAGGAAGCGAAGGAGACGGGUACUGCAGAAGAGGUGGAGAAGUUCUCAAGACGAACCGUAAGAGUGACAAGAGAGCACAACGAGGAAUGCCGACGGCUGCUCAGGCUGAUGGGCAUUCCAUUCAUAGUUGCGCCGACCGAGGCCGAGGCACAAUGUGCGGUCCUGGCGCGAGCUGGAAAGGUGUAUGCUGCGGCAUCUGAAGAUAUGGAUACACUCACGUUCGACUCGCCGAUCCUUCUCCGACACUUGACCUUCAGUGAGCAGCGCAAGGAGCCAAUUCAGGAGAUCCACCUCGACAAGACCUUGGAAGGAUUAAAUAUGGACAGAAAACAGUUCAUCGACCUGUGUAUCCUGCUGGGUUGCGAUUAUCUCGACCCGGUUCCAAAGAUUGGCCCAAACACAGCCCUCAAGCUCAUCCGGGAUCACGGCACGUUGGAGAAGGUGGUUGAGUUUAUUGAGAGUGACCCGAAGAAGAAAUACGCGAUCCCUGAGGACUGGCCGUACCAAGACGCAAGAGAAUUGUUCCUCCACCCAGAUGUCCGGUCAGCAGAUGAUCCCGAGUGUGACUUCAAGUGGGAAGCCCCCGACGUGGAAGGCCUGGUCCAAUUCUUAGUCAACGAGAAAGGAUUCAAUGAAGACCGGGUCAGAAGUGCAGCACAAAAGCUGCAGAAGAAUGUCAAGACGGCUCAGCAGUCGCGGUUGGAAGGCUUCUUCAAAGCGAUACCCAAGACCGAGGACCAAAAGAAGGACCUGAAGCGAAAACACGAGGAAAAGGUCGCAGACGCCAAGAAGAAAAAGAAGGAAGAUGCCAAAACUAAGAAAGAGACCAAGGCCAAAGCGCACUUGAACUCUUGA